GCCAAAUCAAAUGAUAAGAUCUGAGAGCCAAAAAGUUAAAUAGAUUCACUCAGACAUAGUUUUACAUCACGGCCUAGGACGCUCUGAAUAAAAUCGACCGCGAUGAACGACCCAAUCGCAGACGCAAAGGCGCAAGAGGCAACACACAGCUUCACCUUCCGGAUUGCAACAAUGGAAGACGUCCCGGCACUCCAAAAGAUGAUCGGAGAGUCACUUCGCGCCUUGGGAAAAGGGUUUUACACACAAGCUGAACUAGACGGCUCGAUAGGCUAUCUAUUCGGGCCCGAUUCGGUGCUCAUUCGCGACCAGACCUACUUCAUCCUGCACCCAAACUCCCAGCCGUCAACAAUCUGCGCCUGCGGUGGCUGGUCUUUUCGCAAAACGCUCUACGGCGGCGACAGCGCGCCCUCGCCAUUGCGCAUGCCAGAAAAGCGCAAUCCGGCAGUCGAUCGCGCAAGUAUUCGAGCCAUCUUCACGCAUCCUGACUGGGCGCGCCGCGGCCUGGGCACGAUGAUGAUGCGGUACUGCGAAGCGCGGGCAGGCGAGGGCAAAGAGGGGGAGACUGCAGGAUUCACCAGGCUGGAGAUGGGCGCGACGUUGAGUGGGGUCGCGCUGUAUGAGAGAUGUGGGUAUGUGAGGAGCGGAAGAGAAGACGUCGUCACGUGCCCCAACGGAGAGGGGAUUCGGAUUGCGCACAUGGUCAAGGAUCUGCAGCAGCAAGCGAACGCGAACGCGAACGCGAACGCGAAUGCGAAAGUGGAUACAAAUGGCGUUUGAUAGUUAGGGGCCGGAGAAGAAAAAAGUAGGGCCCCAGACAGGAAACAGAUGAAAAGUUUCAAACAAGCGCCUCCUACGCCCCCAGGACCGGUCAAUGUUGCGAUCAGCUUGCCUUGUUUGGCUUCUUGGCUCAACACCGGCACAUUUCGGCUCGUAUAUGACCCGCUGAUCGCGUACGGGCGUAACAGCGCGCGUAAUGGAAGGAUGGGGGGGCGUCUUCCUAAUACGCGCUAGUGACGGUGGUGGCCUCGCAGGACGGAACCGAAUGCGGAGAAAGAAGACUCGGGGACGUGGGUUGUAGCGCCAUGAUACAGCAUACCUCAGGUCAGUUCAUGACACCAGUUCCAACACUAGACGGUGUCAUGCUGUACGAGCGAGUUUUAAAUCAUCGGGGCCAAUCGAGGCGUAUAAGUUUGACUGUUUGUCCGUUGUUGCAAUGCAUUGCUGAUAUCCCA